AGAAUGAAUUUGUCCUUCUGGACCUUCUCUCGCUAGCUAGAUACAUGUCUGCUGCAAAUAUAGCUAGUUGUAGAUGCCAUCAGGAUCCAAAGGAGUCCAAAGAGAGCCAUCCAGUCUGUUGAUAGUUUGAUAGCUAGUUAAUUACAUCUUUAAGCCACACAGUAAAUCUGCCAGUGUUAGCACUGAGAGUAUUGACAGUUACAGUGUUAGUUUAACACUAGCUAAUUAAUUCAGGCUUUUAUCUUUGUUUUUUGUUUAUCUUAUUUGUUGUGCAUCCCCCCACACAACCGCAUAUUUGAGCACAUUUGUGAGAAAUUCUCAAUGCCACUCAAAGGCAAGUAGUGCAGAGUUGUUUUCCCCUACGGUGUGGGCGUGGCCUAAAGGCGCUCCGUCUCUUCUAUUGGCAUGGCGAAGGGCACUCCGUCACGUUUUUCUGCCCCCCUCCACUGGAAGUGAGCACGAGAAGUGGGAGCUAGAAAUGACCGCGGCGGGCAGCUAGCCUUCUAUAGGUAGCCUCUUCGCGUUUGGGUCCACGGUGAGGUGAGCUCUGAUCGAUGGGCCUUGUGGAGGUUAUCCCGGGGAUACAGCUCAUCAGGCAAGGAGGAGAGGAGCCAGCGGGCACGCGUAACCGAGCUUGACGUAGUGAAAGGCGCCGAGGGGGGCUUGACUCGACGACGCUGGCGCAUGCGAGGACGGUGGACGGCGCGUGUGCCGUGAGCAGGGGGAGUCAGUCCAGCGCUGGGCGGAUGGACGCGUGGUGAUUUCAGCACCUGGACAGCUCCUUGACCUGGCGCUGCAUGGAGUCCCUGCAUGGCGUGACGGGAGCGGUAUAGGGGAAGCCCCCCUCAGUGAGUGAGAGAGCGAGCGAGCCGUGUGCACAGUGCCAGUGCCCUCCUCCUCCUCCACCUCCUCCAGCCUCAGCCAUGCUCGACCCCUCGCGGCUCCUGCACGAACGAUGAGCGCCUCACAGCUGGAGCUUCUUCUCCAUCCUUUAAAUCAGACUAAGAAGAAGGAGCAGCAGAGGAGGAACGGAUGCUCUGCACGAGUGAAGCAGCCCAGGCUAGCAGCCCUGAGCUCAUCGGCUAGGGAGACAUUAUCAUUAUCAUCUCCACCACCAUCAACAUCAUCCUCAUUAACAUCACUAUCACCACUGUUAUCAUCAUCACUGUUAUUACCAUCAUUACUAUCAUCACUAUCUUCAUCAUCAUCACGAGGAGAGCGAAAGAGACACGAUUGAUUAAACUUCCAACAAUGUAAAUAACCCCCCACCCACCAAAACAAGAAGAGGUAUGGCAGUGUUGUUCUAAUGUUUGGGAUCUUCAUGAGCAGUCAGCGUCACUUGUCGAAAUGGACUUUGAUGUUUGGUGUGAGUAAGAUCUCCAUUCACAACAACUAGAAGCUUGAAUUUUGGAGAUUUUACAGUGGAAGUCUACUGUCUACUGCAGCUUUCACCAUGAGCCACCCACAGCCCUCUCAGCCAGCCGCAGCGCCCGACCUGGAAGUGAUCUCCCAGCAGGUGGAGGACGAGGGCCAGUGUAUGGCUCCGGUGCAGCUGGUCAGCUUCGCUUACAGGGAUCUGCCUCUAGCCGCUCUGGACAUCUCACUGGCCGGUUCUCAGCUCAUCUCCAACCUGGACGAGGAAGAUAAUAGAGAAGGGUCCAACUGGCUGAAGCCAUGUUGUGGGCGGAGGGCAGCGCUGUGGCAGGUGUGUUUAUUGAGUGCGGGCUUUAACUGCUUCCUGGUGGCCUGUGUUAUCCUGGUGGUGGUCUUGCUAAGCCUGGAGCUGCUUAUCGACACCAAGCUGCUGCAGUUUACCAAUGCGUUCCAGUUUGCUGGCAUCAUCCACUGGAUCAGCCUGGUCAUUCUCUCAGUGUUCUUCACUGAGACUGUCUUCAGAAUUGUGGUGCUGGGGAUAUGGGAUUACAUAGAGAACAAAGUUGAGGUCUUUGACGGUGCUGUGAUUGUGCUCUCUUUGGCCCCGAUGGUCGCCUCCACCGUAGCUAAUGGACCUAGCAGCCCAUGGGACGCCAUCAGCCUCAUCAUCACCCUACGUAUCUGGAGGGUCAAGAGAAUUAUUGACGCAUAUGUGCUGCAGGUGAAGGUGGAGAUGGAGCUGGAGCUACAGCAGUAUGAAAAGGCUAAAGCUGUGCGGGAGGAGCAGCUAGAGAGACUCACCCAAAUCUGCCAAGAGCAGGCGUUUGAGAUCAGGCAGUUGCGGGCUCAUCUAGCCCAGCAGGAUUUGGAUCUGGCUGCAGAACGGGAGGCUGCUAUGCAGAUUCACCAUGUAUGGGGCAAGCAGAGCAGUACCUUCCAGGAAGUGGACGGCCUGGGGCCCGCAGGAUCUGAUAAUGAAGCCAGAGCCAAUAACAGAGAGCCAGGAGCUCCAACAGAGAACAUUGUUCAAGAUGACAUGAACAAUUACAUCAGCCAGUAUUACAGUGAGCCAAGUAGUGAUAUUGGGGUUCCAGACCCGGGUGCACGCAUCAUAACCACCGCAGCCAUAGACGUGCACCUGCCCACGAACCCCAGCCAGCUGCCCCCGUCCCUGGUAAGUGCAGAUGGGCCAGGGAGCCAUCUGGAGCGCACAGGUAGCUGUGUGAGCGAAGCCUCGGCCACCACGGUGUCUCGAUCCAGCUGCAGCUUCACGGCUCGACAACACAGCAUCAGCAGCCAGACACUUGGCUCUAGUAGUGACUGCAGUUCCACGGUGCGUGAGGCCUCCACAUCAGACUACAGCGGCCGUCGCUGCUGCCCACCGCCAUACUGCAGCCCUCUGGCCUUGGGCACACAAGACCCCAGCGCCGUGGUCAAGGAGCUGCUCUCUUCCCUAUCUGAGGACUCCUGCCUGGCCCAGAAGGGCCGUGUGAACCCGGUCAACCUGAAGCUGCCCAGCCCAGCUGGCUCAGUCAAGGCCAGUCCAGAGCUGGAGCACAGGGUGAACAUUUACAAUAAAAGAAACCAGGAGAGUCUGGGUGUGUUCCAGACCAGACCGCUCAUUCACUUGCAGGGGACAGAGCCUUUACUAGACGAGAAGUACAGACUGAUGGAGCCUGCAGAUGCUCCACUAAACCGUGUGCCGGACACGUAGAACAAGAAAUCUCAGUAAAGUGGCCACCAGCACCAGCUGAAGCAGCCUCGAUCUCUCUCUCUAUUUCGCUCUCCUAUUCUCUUUCUACAUCUCUCUCUCAGCCAGCACUAUUGACUCAGACCCUCCCACAGGCUUCAUGCUCUCUCAGAGUGGCUAACUGAGUGACACACCAAGGACUUUGCUCUCAGUUACCUUUUCAAGAGGGGUUUCCCCACUUAGGGCAAGGAGUUCUUGGCACACAAACCCUUUCUUUCUCUUUCUUUCUCCUCCACUCAAGCAAAAGCACUUGAACUCUGAGUGUCACUCCUGCCAAAAUUGCACAACCUUCCAGAGCCCAGGGAGAGGCACUUUGGGAGCCAUCACUGGAACAUUUAUCAGGAAUUUCCUACUUCAGUGUUUGUCCGUGUUGGGUGUCCGUUAAGAAACCAGCAGUGGGACACACACAAACGCACUCGAGCUAUCAGACAGCAGUGCAGUGUUGGUAAAAAAAAAAAAAAAAAAAGUCUGGGAAGACUUGUGAUUCUCCAUGCGUUCUUAUUUCAGGUUUUGGGUGGGGCAAAGAGUUUUUAUCUCUUUCGUUUGUACGAAUAAUAACACAAUGUACAGUCCUACUGAUCCGACUGCUGCAGGGUUACAUUUGAUCUGUUCAAAUGUGUCAAGCUGUGUUACUCAGCCAAAUUUCUUACCUUUGCCUUUCUUACUGAUGCUAACGUUUGUAUUCAAUUCUUCUACGACAGAAAAAAAAAUGCUAAACUCAAGUAUUUUUAAACCUGCUGAUAAUUUCAUGGACGAGAAAUACAGGAAUAUAGCAUUAGAGAGUUUUUAUGAGAAAUGAUGAGAGAAUGUGGUCAUAACCCCUAACCUUAACCCCAUCCUUACAGCAUGAGCCUUUGAAAAGAUCUCUGCUUUUUGAUUGAGGCUAACUAAUCCUGUGUUGUUAAGGCAUUUUAUAAACUGAUAAUGAGAGAAAUUGUCAAGCAAAUAAAAGUUGGAAAAAUCA